UGAGGAGGCGUCACUGUUGAGUUUCCCAUGAUCCCAAAUGUGUCCGUUAUUCCUUACAUCGUGUUUUGGAAGAGAUUUUCACCGUUUUGAAAGAAGCAAACAGUAUAUUAUUUCUUUGUAAAUAUAAGUGUUUUUUUAUACACCUAACUAAAAGUAACCUUCGCUGCACGGUGCAUCUGCUUCUCCUGAGAGCAGCCGUGAACUAAUGGCAAGAAAGAGGAGCGGAUGGAGUGGGCUCCGGGUUUUGUUUGUGUUUUCAUGGGUAAUUACCGCGGUCAUUUAAUGUCCCGUCAUUUCUUUGUGAUUCCCUGUCGUUUGGCACUAAUAUCUGCGGUCCUGCUUACCGGAGAAGCUGACGCCUUACAGGUGAUUGGUGGAAGUGCGACAGUGGUACAAGGAGGUACCGCUAUCUUACCGUGCCACAUCAUUGAUACCAGUGAUGACUUGACACAGAUUACCUGGCAGAGGAGGACUAGAGGAAAACCUCAAAAUGACAAUUUUCUUACUAUCCAGCCCAGAAAUGGACCGUUGUUUGUCAAUGGAGGUGAUGAUCGAUUUAAAUAUGUUGGGAGUUUUAAUGACAAAAAUGGAACGCUCCAGUUAUCCAAUGUUACCCUGAAGGAUGAAGGCAGCUACACGUGCAUCUUCACUUUGUUUCCCAGUGGAAAUCAGAAGACUGAGAUUCCUCUAAAAUUGCUUGUGCCUCCUUUCACAAGCGUGGAGGACAAUCUUCCCACUUUGGGUACAGAAGAGGUUUUAUUUGCUACCUGCACGGCUGCUGGUUCGAGGCCUCCUGCAGAGGUGAGGUGGCUCACUGGUACUUUGGCAGAAAAAGUGAGGAUGACAACAAACUCCACCCAGUAUGACAACGGUACAGCCACCACAGUCAGCUCUCUGUUUGGUGUACCUACGAGAGAGAUUAACCGUCACCUGGUCCAGUGUGUCAUCAGCGGUGACUCCCUGUCUACAGAAGUAACCCUGCCCUUCACCAUACAGGUCUACUUUUCUCCCAGAGAAGUGAACAUCAGAGUGAUUUCAGAGGACUCAUUUGAGUGUGUGACAGAUGCCAACCCAAAUGCAAAAUUUACCUGGAGCAGAUAUGGCCAGUCUCUGCCGCAGUCUGCUGUCAAAGUUGAGGGUGCAACGCUACAACUGCUGAGUCUGACCUCUAACCUAAAUGGCCUAUAUCAGUGUGAAGCAUCUAACCCAUACGGAAGAAAACACACCCAGCUCUCUGUGCAUGUGGCAUCAGGUUCUGGAAGAAUGUCCCAGCAAAUGAACCAUGUGGUGACAGAGCAGCGCAAGAAGGACAGCAGGGCGAGCAAGAGCAAUCUCUCUGACACCUGUGGAAGCAAAAGAUUGACUGGAGUGAAGGGUUCCAGCAAGAUGUCAUUCCAGACUCAGCUGGUAAAUGCCAUCCAUCCAUCCAUCCAUCCAUUCUCUUCCACUUAUCCUGUUCAGGGUUACUAUCCCAGCUGACACAGGGCGGGAGGCAGGGUACACCCUGUACAGGUCAGCUGGUAAAUGGUAUCCAAUUAUAUCCCUGCCUCCGUUUUAUUUACCUUCUCCUGGUGUUAAUUGAAGCUUCUGUCCUACUGUAGCCAUAUGUUACAAGUAAUGUGCGCUGAUGCUUACAUGUAAGGGAGAAAUGUAACAAAGUAUUUAAAAGCAGAGCAUUGUUUAGUGACUUCCAUUCUCCUUGCCUGUCACUGUCACAGCGUUAGGAUGUGGUUUUAACUACCUGUUUGUCAUGAACAGCCCAAACAAGUACUUGAGAUCUAUACCCGUGUUCCCACCAACAGUUUGAGCUGCUUUCAUCAGCAGUUAAAAUAAUUGGAUGAAUGUGAUUAUUGUAAAUCCAGCUGUUGUUUUUCUCCACCAGUUCCUGGUGGCUGUUUUAAGCAGAUUGUUUCAACAGCAGUGCUUCUUUAUGAAACAGCAGAUGGAUUACCAGUGCACCACAGUAGCCGACACAGACAGUAACAUCAAUACAUCAUUCAGACAACGCAAGUGUUGUGUCUGAAUGAUGUAUUGAUGUUACUGUCUGCUCAACAGCAAUUUAGCAUCAGACAGAUUACUGGUUUGUGCAAUGUGAAUUGCACAAACCAGUAAUCUGUCUGAUGCUAAAUUGCUGUUGAGCAGUCAAAGCUGAGGAUGCACAGACUUACUCUGUAAUCCCAUCCACAAGAUUACUGCAUAAUAUACAUAAUGCUAUAAUAAUACAGACGCACCCUCGUCUGUAAAUGGGUGGCUCUGAGAGAAUGCAUAGAGGAGUUUUUAUUACUGGAAAAAGAUGCUGCUUUCUGUUUCAAUAUUUUUUAAUUCAGUUUGAUAAAGGUUGUUUCAUCACUAGAUUUUUUUUUUUUUUUCACCAAAAUUUACCAUUGACCAAAAUAUUGUGUGGUAGAUCAGAAGUUCUGCACGAUGAUGUUGCUGUAAAGUUGUCAAGUUUAAGGAAUGUUUAAUGGUAUUACACUGGUUGUGAUGGCACUCGUGGAUGUUACAUUGUGUUUCAGUGUUCACAAUCUUAUACAGUAUAAAUCUGUAUUAUCAAAUCUUUAUUUAUUCAACAAUACCUUUCUUUACACUCCAAAGGUAGUCUGAAAUUGCCUUUAGUGUGUACUGUAAGCUGCUUCACUUUCAAAUGUGUGUAUUUCACUGCCGUAUACACACAAGUUUCUAAUAUCCGUAAAUCUGAUCAUCUGUUUUGUGUUGACUUCAUUUGUUGCAUUAUAUCAUUUCUAAAAUGCACUCAGCUGCUAAUCUCAUUACUUUCCACACUGGUUUGAAAAGGGAUAAACUGGCAGGCUUAUUUAUUCUGUCUUCAGACUUGAAGAAUAUUUGAAUUCUGAAAAGCUUCAAACUCCAGUCAGAACAUCAGAAGAUAAUUUAUUUCCUUUAUUUUAUCUGGGUUUCACACAUUUCUUAGUUGCCCUUUACGUCAACGUGGAUAAAAUCCCUUGUCUUUGGGGUGCCACGGUGGCUUUAGUGGUAGCACAGACAUGCAUUCCAUGAGGCAAAAGCUGGAAAUGCAGGUUUGAAUCCUGUCCUGUGCUCUUUGCUGCAUGUAUUCCCCUAUCUCUUCUCCUGCUUUCCUGUCUUAACCUAUACUGCCAAUAAAGCUGCUGUGGCCUUAACUAAGCAAAGGGAUUUUUUUUUUCUUCUUUUUUUAAGGUCUGUUUACCCUGCAAACAGUGCUCGGUAAUCUGCGAAUAUAUUCUGCCCGUCUGCAGCACCUUUAUGGCCCUCAAGGAGGCCACAGCAGCUUUAGACAAUAACAUUUACUGCAGUGGAGGAUGUAGUCAUCAUCUGGGGAGCAUGACUUUGGCAAAUUAUUUGACCAAUCAGAUUGUUGCGAAAAUCUGUCUUUAGAUGUAGUCAUGAAAGGAAAGGUAUUUGGGGGUUUUACCUGCAGGUUUCUAAGUAGGGUAAAUUUAGCUGAAUUCAUCUCAUUACUUACACUUGUACGUGUAUUUCAAUACAUACAACUACACGUAAUGCUUUGGCAGGCAGGUUGAGUACCCCAAUGCAGGACUCAGAGUGGGACUAAACUUAAAAUAUCAGCUUUUAUUGCUGAAAAAUCAGAACUGCAACAAAAUAUGAAUUCACGUGAAAAUUCAGACGCUGCACAAGGCGGGAGGGGAAACUACGACGAGGAUGCGACAGAGAACAAAGGGAAAUGCAGACAAUUAAUACACACUACUGUAGAUAAUCAGGGGGAUUGGACACACCAGGGAAAACAGCUCAACAGAAUCACAUUUAACAAGACAGCAGAAGCAAAACUGAAUACGGAGCAUGCGAUAAAAUGGACUGUCAAAGUAAAACAGGAAAUGACUGAAUACAGAGACCAGGACUAAGAACUUAGACUCCUGCAUUGAAGCACUGCACAGUCAUGCUGUUAGAAAGCAGUUCAUCACUAGUAAUUUUUUUUAAUCAUGUAACAUUCAAAUGUAUGAAGAAGUUUUUUAAUUUUGGGGGGGGCAGCUUUUUAUAAAACAAACUAUUAAAGUAUGUUGUUUAUUAAUUUUACCUCACUUGCGGUAUUUGAUUUUAAUUUUUAUGUUUUGGUUGUUUGGUGUGUUUGAAAACUAACAAACUGGAAUUUUGUUGUUUUCUAACUGUGUUAAUGAACUGUUAAAUUACUGAUUUUUAAAAACUUGUUUUUCUUAAUAAAAUGCAAAUAAACACACAAAACUAUUAAAAAUUCCUCUUCAUCAGCAUACAUAUUUCUAGUGUGGAUACCACACCUGUGAUUCUUGAUAGAGGCCAAAGCUUCAGUUUAUGUCUGUCAUGUAAUCGUGUGGAUGAAAACUGGCUUCUGUCACAACACUGAAGCUUUUCUGUGAUUACUUAUUGGUGUUUUUAUUGUUGUGACAGCUUUUCCUGUUGUGAGCUCUGAUUUUCAGACUAAUCAAAGACUGACUGAGAAUGCGUGCAUUAGUGCUGAUCUGUAAAACAUUGCUCAGUGAGAUAAAUUCUUCUAAAGUAAUGUACCAGCAUCGUUUCUUUUGGAUCUGUGCUUUAAUCUUUUAUAUUUCUUCGAUAAUAUUGUUGCUCUGAUCACCUGUUUUGUUGUUAGCUAAUCUGAUUUGGGUGCAAAUUAAAGACAGAAUGAACAAAAAGUUCUGAGAUUCAAGCACUACAGAAAAAAAAACAAAAAAAACUAUAAGCCUACCUCCGUAUCCAGCUUCUAGCAUGAGUGUGUCAUGCCACAGAGCUACCAUGUCAAAAUCAACUAAAAUCUCCAGCACCUUGUUGAAACUAUGCCACAAAAAAAUUAAGGCAGUCCUGAAGGCAAAAGUGGAUCCAAUCUGGUAUUAGAAAGGUGUACCUAAUAAGGUGGCCAGUGAGUGCAUGUCCACAAAUAAAUAAAAAGGUAGAAGCUGGAGGAACCCAGGCUGUACCUGUCUUACUGCCAACAGGAACUUAUUUGGGGCACAGCUGAUGUUUUUAAAGAAAAGCUGACUUAAUAAACUGAAGACCUUAUCUGGAAAAUGAUAUUCGAAUGCUGCGUAA